GAUACAUUGACAAAGUCAUUGACACUUGGAAAAACUGACAAGCAAAGAAAAUCCUUCUUACGCCACAUCUGUCGGUGAUCAAGAAUUAUAAUAGAAGCUUUGAUGAUUUUACACUGAAUUUCACGCCGCAGUAUUUGGAAAGAAAACAUUACAACAUUUCUGCGACCCCACGGAUAGAUAGAGCUAAAUCAUAUCAAGUCGUUCAUUUAAAAUUGAGCGUUUUCCGUCAAUUUAAAAACUAUGUAAAAAUUAUGGAUUUGAAAGAAAAAUUUGCUGAUCUUGGGUGUUGUAAUGAACAGAAUUCAACCAUAACCUCAUAUGUAGUGAAUGAUUUAAAUAAACGUAAACGAAUGUACUUGGUAAAUUGUCAUUACUCUGAAAAAUUAGAACGUUUGUAUUUAAGUGCGAAGAAAACACCAGAUUCUGAAUAUAACAUAUAUUUACCAAUAUCAAGUAAAGAAAGUUUACCGUAUUCAAUUUUGAAUAAAUAUGUGAAUGUAUUGAGUGAAAAUGCAUUGGAGAAGUCAAUCGUCUUAGCUUUCUGUACUCAGGAUACUAAAUGCAUUUAUUACAGAUUAAAAGAAGGUUUGCCUGAAUAAUAUAAAAUUUCGAUAAGUUUCUGAUUCCAAAGCACAGACAUAGUAAAUAAAUAUUUGGCUAUGAAAUCCGUGUUCCAAAGUCAAGUAAAAGUUUUUGGAAACGCAAAAUUUAUUGGGAAAUUCUCUUUCUGUGUAUUCAAACGUUUUUCAUUUUAAAAACAAUGUUAAUAA